AUGCUUCAAAAGCCCAACCUCGACGUCGACACGACCGACACGCGUGGUCGCACGGCGCUCACGGUCGCCAUGACCAGUGGCAAUGUGGACGCGGCUCUGGCGCUGCUCCAAGCAGGCGCGUCGGUCGACCGCGCCGACAAGGUUGACUGA